AUGGCAUCGAUCUUUACAUAUCAGGAUGAGCCACCGCGAUUACACUCACCGUGGUCUACACCGGGUACUUCAACUCCACAACCACUCCAUCUCCCGGAUGCCACUCUCAAUGGAAGACUACAGCAUACGAACGAGCUCACAAAGCUCGAGCCCGAACGGCAGGACGGCCCUACAGAGUACAAACUUCAUCUCCUAUUACGUCCCCGGCGAAAGAUUCUUUCGACUUCGCCGACUACUCCCACCUUGGGACCUCAACAGAGCAUUCCUCCAUCCGCCACCGGGGCUUCUCGUUCCUUGAGUGAGUCGGCUUUAGACCGCCCCCUCUCUCAACCUUCUGGGCAGGCACGUCAAGCCAGAUUACAGCAGCUGACGACACAGCUACUAUGGCGACUGCAGCAGUCCUCACCUUUUCAUUCGUCGUCGAAUGCAAAUUUGGUUUUGCCAGUCCUGCCCGAAGCAACACCAAGAUUAGGUGUUCCAGAGCGUCCCGCCAAACUCCUUCCAGGUCUAGAGGAAAGCCAAGGUGCUCUCUACGAAAUUGGUGUUGCCGACGAUGGCACCUUAGUUGGACUGGUCGAGGAUGAAUUGCAAGAGAGUCUGACCAAUCUUGGAGCCAUGGCUGCUAGUCUAGGCUGCACUAUUAAUGUUCUGCGGAAAGUCGUCGUCGGAUCGUGCGAAUGGAGAGAAGGUGAUGGUGGCAUGAGCAAAGUCGAAUCGCAGAGAGACACGCUCUGGGUUGCUGAAGUUUUAGUCUAUCCGGACUCACGAAGACCCGGGGAUGCAGAUUUGCCAAAACAAACUCUCGAUCAGUCACUUGGUGCUUCUGGUGGGGAAGAUGUCCUUUCUCUGGCCGAACAAGCUUCCACUGAACAGCUACGAGUCACCUUGGUUGGGACCACUACUUCAGGAAAGUCCUCCCUUCUCGGAACGCUUUCAACUUCUACGCUGGACAAUGGCCGGGGGAAAAGCCGGUUGUCAUUGCUAAAGCAUCGACAUGAAAUUGCUUCUGGCAUCACGAGUUCCGUCGCACAUGAACUCAUUGGCUAUGUAAAUGAUCGAACUUCUUUGUCUCCGGUCAUCAACUAUGCCUCAGGCAAUGUCUCAUCGUGGAUAGAUAUUCACAAUCUGGCAGAUCGCCUUGUGUUGCUUUCAGAUUCACCUGGUGUUCCUCGUUUUGCCAAGUCGACUCUCCGAAGCUUGAUAUCAUGGAGACCGUCUUGGACGAUUCUUUGUGUCGCAGCGGAUGAUAAUGAAGAGAAUGUAGGUCGAGUUGGAGCAACACUUCCCACGGUCGAGAUACUGGCCGAUAGUCGGACACCAGAAGCGCCAGACCUGUCACUAUGCCAUCUUGAUUUAUGUCUGCGCCUGCGGUUACCAUUAAUGGUGGUCAUCACCAAAAUGGAUCUCGCCAACAAAACUGGGUUACGACAAGUGUUGGCGAAACUUCUCUCUACUCUCAAGGCGGCCGGGAGGCAGCCGGUAAUGCUUAGUAAUUCUCCUGGAUCCUGCUCGACUCCGGAGGCCGAUGGUUCCCUCGCGGAACUUCAAUCCAUCAACGAGAAGGAUCAAGGUGAGAUUGAUCGGCUGGUGGUGUCCAUGCACACUGGCGAUGGGUAUAAAGUUGUACCAAUCAUGAUGACAAGUGCAGUCACCGGAUCAGGGAUGAGCAAAGUCCAUGCUCUGCUUCGGUCCAUCCCCGUUGCCACGUUCUCACCCCUGGGAUCCUCCAUGACUGCGACUUCCACACACUCAUCUCUUUUCCACGUUGACGAAGUCUUCAGCAUUCCCCCAUCACGCGUCUAUACACGAGAGGCCGAGAAUCGAGCGGUUCAACAAGGGGUCGUCCUUUGCGGACACGUCUCUCACGGCACACUCUCCAUCGGCAAUAUUCUACAACUCGGGCCAUUUGUCGUGGAAUCGGAUCCGCCAUCGGGUCACAUAUCUCAAUCAAUUCUGAGGUCGAGUUCUUAUUGUGCUGAACGGUCUCAUCCAGAAAGACUCACAAGCAUUCUUGCAAGAUCCUAUCAAGGAGAAACUUGGAAAGCUACAAACGCCAGACAGCAGCCCACGGCUGUGUUUCUACCGGUGCGUGUCGUAUCCCUUCGAACCCUCCGUCUUCCCGUCGUCCGAAUGCGACAGGGCGAGACAGGAACGAUCGGAGUUGAACCGAUCAGUGGCCAAAAUGAGAUAUCACUGAACAGAGCUCGGAAGGGAAUGGUUUUGGUGGACGUUAACGACAGUCUCCCCGGAUACUCGGCCUUUUUAGCGGCCUUCACGUCCUCAAGCUUCUCUCGUGCAAAUUCCCCUCCUCUCGUACUAGGCAGCCAUGCUCUUGUAUACGUCAACAGUGUUCGUGCGGCUGUGAGAGUGGCUACGGUAGCAUUGGACGAUGACCACCAAGAAACCAAAGAUGAGCCACGUUCUUCUUCGCCCGAGGCAGAAGUGUUUCGGUUUGACAGCGAUGAUGAAGCCGAAAAUUCAAAGAAUGACAACAAUGACACACAGAAAGAAAGGGAAAUCAGAAUAUCGUUUAGAUUCGUCAGCACAGUGGAAUGGAUGGAGGUAGGUGAUCAAGUCUUGGUUGUCCCCACGGUAACUGCACCUGGACCUGUAACAGGUGCUAUGAUGUUAAAUGUGUCAGGGCUGGCUGGAUUAGUGGGCAGAGUAUGCGAGGUACUCACUUGA